AUGUCGGCCGCAGAUCCAACCAUCACGUUCGAGUCGCUGACCGGGGAUGAUGACAUUUUUCAGAAUGUGGCAUCCGUGUGCAUCGGUACCGGCCGCUUCCUGCGAGCAAUGCUGGUACCCGCACUGGCCGAGAUCGGCGGCGAGACCAUUUUGGCGCAGACACGAGGCAGCAGCUUCCCGCAGUACAUGUCCACCCGCUGCCCAGAGCGGUCCUAUGAAGUGGAUACCGUAUUGCAGGACGGUCGCGUCAUGACCUCCCUUUUGCCCAUUGCUGCCUGUGGCACGCUGGGCAAGCCUGAGGGUCGCAGCGCCUUUAUGAAGCUGCCCCAGCGCUUGCCAAACUUGACCUUCAUUGGCCUCGGGUUGACAGAGGCGGGCAUCGAGCACAACGGCCGUUCCAUUCUGGACCUGGCCGAGUUUCUUUAUGCAUGCUUCGAGGUGGAUGACCCCUCCAGGCGCCGCAGGGGAGGUAUUAGCAGCAGCCAGACGUUCUGCUAG